GGCAACCUAGGCUCUAGUACAUCCUGGUUGGGAACCUGGGCUCUAGUACCUCCUGUUUGGGAACCCGGGCUCUCGUACAUCCUGGUUGGCAACUUAGGCUCUAGUACAUCCUGGUUGGGAACCUGGGCUCUAGUACCUCCUGGUUGGGAACCUGGGCUCGAGUACAUCCUGGUUGGCAACCUAGGCCCUAGUACAUCCUGGUUGGGAACCUAG